UUUAUUGUUUACUACACUAGCCUCCCGCUAUUGUUCUUUCCAUUCUUCGACUGAAAUUUUUCCAGUCGCGAACGAAACAGUCAGACGAAGCAAAUUUUUUGACGGCGCUACAACGCUAUCGUGGCCUUUUCACUUGUUAUAAGCGGUGCGAGUGUCUAACGAAGUCACCUUUGCAUCGAACGGCAAAACUCCAGCGCGGCGGAGAUCUAGUGACGUCAUGAUGGAUGGUGACGUCACAGAUGGCCAUCGACCACACUCCGUCAGUCUCGGAGAUCGAUAUUUUGUAACCAUGGGACCAGCAGGAAGCAUUUCCGGCUCCGAAUAUCGUGUCCCUCUCAACGAGGUCCUUCACAAUCCGAACACGAGCCCCGAAGAUCUCGUAACGCUCACCGACGUGCUCCUCACAUCCUUCGGUCAGUACUCGGACAGUCGGAGAGAAAUAUCGAGCAAAAACGUCAAAUUCCAAUGCAACCAUUGUGGCAAACACUUCACGUGGAAACACCAAGUGACGAAGCAUCUCGGCUCUCAUUGCCAUGACAACGAGAUUAUAUAUAUUUGCUACGAGUGCGGGAAGAUGUACCCACGACCAGAAAAUCUCAACAGACACACGUCGGCCGUGCAUCGUUACAUUAGACAUCAUGCAUGCCCGGAAUGUGGGCAGGGGUUCGGUCGAGCUUCGGAGGUUGAUAUCCAUCGUAAAGAGCAACAUCCGUUUUCGAUUGUCACCGUGGACAUGAGGGAGAGCAACGUCGAAGGGACUGAGAAUGACUCGCAUCCGGGAAAGAGACGGAAGUCACGUGACAUCUCGGAUGAGGAAGAUGAGGAGAAGAUGAGCGAAUCGAGUGAGAGUGAAGCGGAUGAGGAGAACGAGGAGACAAAGUGUAAGAAAUGUGGGCAGGAGUUUCAUCGGGCGGCGCAGCUCAAACGACACAUGAGGCUGCAUCCACACGACAAACAGUUUGAGUGUCCGUUCUCGUGCGGUCGCUCGUACACGCAGCUCUCGUAUCUCUGCACUCACAUUGCCGUGGCACACGACGAUGUCGUACACAAGUGCACCAUCUGUGGGAAAUUCUUCGAAACCGAGCUGCGACUGGAGAACCACACAAAGACACACACACGCACACGAGCCGGACGACAACGAAGACAAGACGACGACACCGACUGGCGCCCACACACGUGAUCAUCCGGGAAAUUUCACCAUAUAAGUUUACGGUAAUCGGCUAAACGUUAAGUGAAUUAUGCAAAUUAACAUCCGGGAUAUGCAUGAAAAACUACGUAAUAUGUGUGACACAAAAAUCUAUUGAUAUCUAAUUGUGUUAGUUGUCUUGCUUUUGUUGCCGUUUUCUCUGCUUGAUAUCGUUAAGCGUCUGUUCGAUUGAUCGUUGGUCUUUCUUGUUCUCGCUCGGCACGUAGCCAAACGCCUUAUUUGGCGUCGUUAUGACUGCCGCCCCUUUGGCACUUUUGUCACCAAGAAUUGAUUUGUAUUUGUCAUGAUAAUGAGAAGAAACUGAUUGGUCAUCACCAGA